AUGAAAUUCUUUGUUGUUUUUGCUUGCGCUUUGGCUGUUGCCUCCGCUGGGUACGAAGAACCAAAGUACCAUGGACCUCUUCAUCUCGCUGUGAUCGGUAAGGGCGGAGUACCAGUUGAUACCGCUGAAGUGCAACACGCCAGAGCUGCUCACUUCUUGCACAAAGCUGAAGCUGAGGCUAAAAGUGGACACGGUUAUUACCACGAAGAACCCAAAGUUGCCAUCAUCUCGGGAACUCCAGCUUACGAACAUGGUUCUUCUCACGCUUACGAACAACAUAUUCCAAUCAUCGUGAAAGGAGUACCAGUUGAUACCGUUGCUGUUCAACACGCAAGAGCUGCCCAUUUGGAAGCCCACGCCGCAGCCAAAGCCCACGACCAUCAUCAUUACCAUUAA